UCCAUUUUUGUUUUCUUUAUUCUUUUUUUCGGUUCAGAGUUUAAUUAUAUUUUAUUGUUGCAAUUAACUCCUGCAUCGGUCAUUCUCAUCUGAAUCUAACUUUCUUGCUGCGACAUCUUCCGUAGCGUUGUUUCACCUUCUAAAGCUUGUUCUGGGCGCGGGACGCUUGUUAACUACGCACUUUUUGGUUUCUCCUUUUUUUCUUUGCUUCCCACUAUGGGCUGAAUUUUCUCCAAAACUUCGUCCUUGUUCUUUAUUAGGCUCUUUCUGGAAUCGUCUUGACUUAGCUUCCACUCUCUGCCGACUAACAUGGAUACGACGCAAAGCCUUUUCUCUGCUGCCGUUGAGAGUCAGGCUGCAGGAGGAGAGUCCCUUUUGGGUUCCAUCAAAAUCGCUGUGUUGCCCAUAGCUAAAGUAUUUACUAUGUGUUUUCUGGGUUUCCUCAUGGCUUCCAAGUUUGUUAAUAUUUUGCCUGCUAAUGGAAGAAAGCUUCUGAAUGGGUUGGUUUUUUCACUAUUGCUGCCCUGCUUAAUAUUUUCUCAACUUGGGCAAGCUGUUACGUUACAGAAAAUGCUUGAAUGGUGGUUUAUUCCUGCGAACGUUAUUCUGGGUUCCAUAUCAGGCUCGCUGAUUGGUCUAGUUGUGGCCUCAAUUAUCCGUCCUCCGUAUCCUUUCUUCAAAUUCACGAUCAUACAAAUCGGAAUUGGGAACAUUGGGAAUGUGCCACUCGUCCUACUUUCUGCUUUAUGUAGAGACCAAAACAAUCCUUUUGGAGAUCCAGAAAAAUGUAGCACAGAUGGGACAGCCUAUAUAUCAUUUGGCCAGUGGGUUGGUGCUAUCAUCCUAUACACAUAUGUAUUUAAUAUGUUGGCGCCUCCUCCUGAAGGCACCUUCGACAUUGAUAAUGAAAGUCUUCCCCUAAAGAGUGCUCCUAAAAGUGAUGGCUCACCUGAACAAGAUCCCUUGCUCACUGAGAAAGAGGCCGUUUCAAUAUAUCCAAAUGUUUCUAAAAGUCAGAAGGUCAAACAUUUCUUUGCAUUCGUGUGUGAGAGGUUGAAGCUUAAGCAAAUUCUUCAGCCUCCUAUUAUUGCAUCAAUUCUAGCUAUGGGACUUGGUGCAGUCCCACUCUUCAAACGAUUGAUCUUUACAUCUGAUGCUCCUCUGUUCUUCUUCACUGACAGUUGCAUGAUUCUAGGGGAGGCCAUGAUUCCUUGCAUUCUGUUGGCAUUAGGAGGCAACCUUGUUGAUGGACCUGGAAGUUCAAAACUUGGUUAUCGGACAACUGUUGCUAUUAUUGUGGGGCGGUUAGUGUUGGUACCUCCUGCCGGUAUUGGCAUUGUCAUGUUGGCAGACAAGCUUGGUUUCCUGCCCCCUGGUGAUAAGAUGUUUCGAUUUGUUCUUCUCCUGCAGCAUUCCAUGCCCACAUCUGUUCUUGCUGGUGCUGUUGCUAAUUUAAGAGGUUGUGGGAGGGAAGCAGCUGCUAUACUCUUCUGGGUUCAUGUUUUUGCUGUCUUCUCGAUGGCUGGAUGGAUUAUUUUGUAUCUAAGCAUUCUUUUCUAAGGCGGCAGUAGUGAACUUGGUUUCAAAAUUGUUUUGGUGUAUAUGUAGGUUAGUGGGGAUUCACGAUCACUGGCUACUCCUAAUUAAUGUGAAUUUGAGUCUUAAGCAUGUUCUUCAGGAGAGCCAGCAAAAUAUUAUUUAACGCCCCCUUCCAAGAAAAGUUGAAGAAAGGGAUUUCAGAAUAAUUUUCUAAUUUCAUGAGAUUUUUUUACGUUUA